AUGUUAAUUUUUGGAAUAUUUAUUCAUGUUUCAAAUGCAUUAAAUUGUUUUGUGUGUGAUUCGAAAGAAGAUGAACAUUGUCCAGAAACAUGGACACGAAAAGAUAUACUGCCGGUCGAAUGUGGUGGACCUGAUGGAGUUCAUGAUGCUCGGUUUUGUAUUAAAACAAUUGCUGUUUACGGAGGUGCUGUGGCUACAAAACGCUUUUGUAGUUCUCGUGAUAUGGAUAAUCAAUGUCUCGAAGUAAAAUAUCCUCAGGACGAGAAGAUGUAUUAUUCGUGCACAUACACAUGUUCAUAUGAUGGAUGCAAUGGAACAUCUCGCUUAUAUGUCUCAGCGAUUUUUGUACUUUUCUUUAUAUUAAUACAAUUUUUUUGUGUUUAG